AUCUUCUUUAUCAAAACCCCAAGCAACCACAACAUUCCACCCUCCCCCUCCUCAUUGGCCCUCAACAUUCUCUCUCUUUGUCUCUCCCGGUUUCUUCCUUUGGAUCUUCUCAUUUCUCUUCCAUUAAGGGUUUAAUUGUAUAAUUGGUGAUUAUAUAUCAUCAUCACUUAGAAGAAUUGAUUGAGGCCUUGUGGUGAAGUUAUUAUUCGGGUGUAACGAGGAAAUUAUAUAUAUAUUAUCAUCAAUAUAUUGAAAUAAAGAGGGGGUGCAUAUAGUUAAUUUGGUGAGUUAGAUUAUAAUAAUAUAUGGCACCUGUUUCAUUGCCUCCUGGGUUUAGGUUUCACCCUACCGACGAAGAACUUGUUUCUUAUUAUCUCAAAAGAAAGAUUAAUGGCCGUAGGAUUGAGUUGGAGAUCAUCCCUGAAGUUGAUCUCUACAAGUGUGAACCAUGGGACUUGCCAGGGAAGUCAUUGCUACCAGGAAAAGAUUUGGAGUGGUAUUUUUUCAGCCCUAGAGAUAGAAAGUAUCCAAAUGGUUCAAGAACAAAUAGAGCAACAAAAUGUGGAUAUUGGAAGGCAACUGGUAAAGAUAGAAAGGUACAGUCUGAAACUCGUUCUGUUGGAAUGAAGAAAACACUUGUUUACUAUAGAGGAAGGGCCCCACAUGGUACUCGUACUGGUUGGGUUAUGCAUGAGUAUCGUCUUGAUGAAAGAGAAUGUCAAAAUCCUUCUUCUGGCUUGCAAGAUGCUUAUGCUCUUUGUCGUGUCUUCAAGAAGAGUACUGUUAUUGUUCCUAAACUUGCUCAUAAUCUCUCAAUUACAACUGAUCACUCUCAAGGUAGAGGUGAUGUUUUAGAUACCUCUAAUUAUAAUUUCAUGCCAUGUCAUUCAACCUCUACUCAAAACCUUCAUGGUCUUCUCACAAGGGAUAAUAAUUCUACUUGGACACAAUUCUUAUCUGAUGAUUUACUCAAUCUUCCAAUGUCUUCUUCUUUUCCCAAUUAUGCUUCCACACCUUACCCUCCAUCUAAGGUCGAUAUAGCACUAGAGUGUGCAAGGAUGCAACAUAGGUUUUCCAUGCCUCCCUUGGAAGUGGAGGACUUCCCUCAAGUUUCUAUUUCUGAGCUCAAUUCAAUGUGUAGUGGAAACAGAAAUGAAACUGAUAUUUUGCAAGAAAUUCUAUCUGUUGCUCAAGCUUCCCAAGAUUUGAUUCAUCAAUCAAACUACUCUCAUCCAUUUGGUGGCAAUCAAAAUGAUUUUACUUUUAUGGUUGGAAAUAAUUAUAAUCAUGUUAAUGAUCAUAUGAGUUCCAUGAGAUAUGAUGACAAAGCAUGGGAAGAUCCAAACACAAGAUCAAUUGAGAUUGGAGAUCUUGAUGAUGAAUUCAAGGCAGAGAGGAUGGUAGAGAAUUUAAGAUGGGUUGGAAUGUCAAGCAAUGAUUUAGAGAAGAGUUUCAUGGAAGAGCAUCAAAAAGUUGUUCCAAUUGAGGAUAUUUCAAGCUUCCAAACAAAUAGGAAAGAGAAUGAGGUGCAAGUAGAAUCUGAGCAACAAAAUAUCAACAAAGAACUCAAUGACAAUGACAUUGAAAAUUUCUCAAUGGGAUUUAUCAAUGAUGAUGACCCUAAUGAGAAUUUUAUAAAUGAAGGUAACAUUGAUUAUUCAAAUUCUACAAGCUAUGAAGUUGUUGAGGAAACAAAAAUUAGUCAUGGAAUGUUUGUUGCUACACGCCAAGUAGCCGACACAUUUUUUCACAAAAUAACUCCUUCACAAACAAUCAAAGUUCAACUUAAUCCAAUUAUGGAAAAUAAACAAUCUAUAGAGAAUAAAGAGAUCACAUUGAUUAUACCAAAAAAUCAAGGGAACUCUCUCUUAAGGAAAUUUAAGGCAAAUUUUAUAGGGUAUAUGAAAAAACCAACAAAAACAAUGGUAAAUGCUAUUGUGUUCAUAUUUGCACUUUUUUUGGUGCUUUGUGUUUAUUUGAAGGAGCAAGUAGAAGAUUGGAAACCAAAACCAGAGUAUGUGAAAAGGAAAAAUUGCUAUGAAGCUAGUAAUAGCAUGAAGAGAGUGAUCAAUUGGAAUGAGCAAGAAAAAAUUUGGUUUAUUGGUAUCAAAAGUGGUAAAGGUUUUGAUGUGGUUUUGAAGAAGAUAGGAAUUUUCCUUACCAUAUCCUUGGCUAUUUGUACUAUGUGGGUUAACCACAUAAUAGCUAGCCCUUGAAUUAAUGUUCCUAAUUUCAUUUUGUUUUUAGUUUUUAACUUAAGGAUUUGAUAUAGAAAAAACAAUUUAAAUUCUCAAAUUGGGGUUCUUUAAAUUAUAUAGGGGGUUAAUGAUGUCUCCAAAUACUUGUAUUUUACUUGGUCACACAUAUGUUAUUUGAUUAAGAAUUUGUUGCAUUCAA